GAACCCUUUUAUCCUCUAUACUCAUUUCUUACCAUCGUAUGGCGCCCAUUGUGUUGAAAAUCAAGGGCAAUAAGUCGUUCUCUCCGUUUUCAAACUUGGACUCACUUGAAGAACUUUCAAAAACUUGGCGAGUAUGCACCAAAGUCAAAGAUUCGCUCGAAAAUGGGUCAAGACUAGAGAAUUUGUCAUGGCGACUAUGGUUUCAGCAUCAUCUACUUGUAGAUGGAGCCAAAGGAAAAUCUCAGUUCAAAAAGCUAUCGUCUAUGGCUACUCGUAAAUUAGAAAGCGAAAAAGGACAAUCGCUCAGUCAGAUGGCGAAGGCAAAGAAGCCCGUCAAGAAAGAAUCCAAGCAGCCGGAUGAACCACAACCACCUCAGGCAGCCGCCAUUUCUCCACAGCAAUUCACACUGGAGCAGUUGGAGCUAGAACCCCAAAGUUUGAACUCGAGUACCAACAACUUUGUGUUGCACCAAUUCACGUCGGACCAAGCAGAAGAUCAAACUAUCGAGCUGCAAGACAUCUUUCAACCCUAUGGCGACAUUCAGGCACUUCUAAGCUCUGAGGCUGGUCCAGUCGUUGAAUUUCCCUAUGAUCAAUGGGCAACGUUUACACCCAUGUCAAAUACCUCGCCUGCUAUCUCAUUCACCAAUGAAAAUCCCUACAGUAUAAGCAAUGCAAUGAUGUACCUAGACCAAAGUGGAACCACCAAUAUGAACAGCAUCACCAUCUCACAUCCAAACAGUCCAGCGUUGUCGCCACAAGGAUUGUCACCCACUGAGCAGGAUCAACUGCAGUCAGCUCUCUACGUGUGCGAUUCGAUGCCACCUCCUCCACCUAGCACAUUGCACAGCAAACUGUUACAAUCGUUCAGCAAACAGCAAGAAGCGUCAGGAACCAGCUCUGCCCCCACAUCCAUGCCAAAUUCCCCGAUUGGUUCGCCACGUGUGGAGCACAGAGUAUUAGGUGCGUCACCGAGUUGGGACACUGGUGCAAAGAGUGCUGUACAAAAAUCAGUGUGUUCAAAUUGUGGGGCAACCUCCACACCACUAUGGCGACGAUCGGCCAACGACGAGCUUCUGUGCAAUGCAUGCGGCCUAUAUCUCAAGCUGCAUAACGCUCCUCGCCCAAAAUCAAUGAAGACAAGUUCGGUUCGCAAAGACGUCAAAACCGAUGAUAAUGCUGUUCAACUCUACUGCACAAACUGUGGUACGACAACAACUCCACUUUGGCGUAGAGAUGAAAACGGCGCCCCACUUUGUAAUGCUUGUGGUCUAUAGUAAGUGUUCCUGCGAGUUUGGCUCACACAUCGGCCUUAUUAUUAACCACUGCUCCUCCUAGCCUCAAAUUACAUCACGAAAAACGACCUU